AUGAGUGAUGAUUCGGGAUUGCAAACAAGAUCAUCAUCAUUUACGAAAUCAAUGAAUACAUCAACAGCUGAUAGGAAUGACAAUAUGAAAAAACAGUAUACAAACGGAUUUGGAUUUGGAAAUCGUUUGAUUGGAAUAAUUUUGGUUGUGGUGUUGUUUUGUUGUAUAUUUUCCAGGGAAGGAGUCAUUGGAGCUUCUUCUCAGUUGAGAGUUUUCAUCAUUCCCCACUCGCAUAUUGACCAGGGAUGGCUAAGAACAGUACGAGAAUAUCAAUCCGAAACAUUUCUCAUUCUUGAUAGCAUCAUUGAGCAACUUAUUGCACGGCCACACGCCAAAUUUGUAUGGGGUGAUGUGCUGUACUUUAAAGAAUGGUUCGAGCAGCAACCAGCCACAAGACAGCAACUCGUCAAGAAAAUGAUUAAACAAAAUCGAUUCGAGUUUGUAGGAGGUGGUUGGAUUCAAACAGAUGAAGCAUGUGCUUCCUAUACAUCAAUUAUUAAUUCAAUGACAGUUGGUCACGAAUAUUUAUUGCGUCGAUUUGGAAUUAGACCUAGAGUAGCAUGGCAAAUUGAUCCAUUCGGGCAUGAUGGAAGGAUUCCACAAAUAUUCAGUCAAAUGGGUUUUGAUGCUCUGGUAAUUAAUAGAGUUCACUUUUCAAUCAAAAGUGUCAUGAAAAACGAAAGGGCUUUAGAAUUUAUUUGGAAUAUUAGCGACAACAAAACAAUUUUCACAGAGGUUCUACACACUCACUAUUCCAGCCCAAGAAAUUUUGAUUUCGAAAAGCCUGGAGCUGAGCAAAUUAAUGACCAAAAUGUGGAAAGAAAGUCCAUGGAAUUUAUUGAGGACAUGCGAAGAAGAGCACAAAACUAUAGAACCAACUUUAUAUUUGUACCUUUUGGUGAUGACUUUAAAUUUAGAAACGCUCAUGCCCAAUAUUCUAGCAUGGAUAGAAUUAUUAAUUAUAUCAAUAGCCACGAUCUUGGAAUGAAGGUACAAUACUCCACUGCCACAGAAUACUUUGAGGAGUUGUUUAAAAGCUAUGGAUCGACUACUAAGUUUCCAGUUGUAAAACAGGACUUUGUUCCAUAUGCAGACUAUCCUGACAGUUACUGGACAGGAUAUUUUACAUCUCUACCAAAUUUAAAACGUUCUGCUAGAACUGCAGAAUCUAUUCUCACCACUACUGAAAUGCUUUAUGCACUUGCUAGAGUGAAAAUGACACAUCAAAAAACUGCUUUCAAUUGGGUUGACACAUACAAUUCUAUUCAGAGAUCAAGACAAACCGUGUCGCUGGUGCAGCAUCACGAUUCAAUUACAGGAACCUGUAGGCAACAUGUCUAUAAUGACUACAUGUCUCAACUAGCUUCAGCCAUUCAGGACAUGAGAUCACUUCACAAAUCGCUAGCCAAGCAUGUUCUAGAAAUAUCUUCGGACAAAGUAUUAUUCGAGUCAUUAGAAGUUUCUGAUAGAAAACCUCACACUAUUGUCAUUUAUAAUAGCUUAUCUCAUGCAGUGAAGCAAAUAAUUACUGUGAACACGAAAUGCACAAAUGCCAAAGUCCAAGAUUCAUCUCGUCAAAAAAUAGAUUAUCAAGUGAUACCUAAUGUACACAAUCCACAAGAAGAAGCCUCUGCAUUCCCAUACACCAUACAAUUUUUGGCCUCAAUUGAUGGCCUUGCAUUCGAGAAAAUAUCCUUCCAAUGUCAAGAGGAUACAGAAGGAGAUUUACUUGAUACCAAUGUGCUGUAUGUGAACAGUCCAAACCAAAAUCAUUAUUCAAAGUUCGAGAAGGCCAACGUUCAAGUCAAGUCGAUGGACUCAGCUCGCAGUGGAGACCUUACCAUCGAGAAUGAUUUUUAUGUCGUCUCUAUUGACAAGAAUACCGGAUAUGUCAAUAAGGUAAUCACCAAGCAUGACGGAAAAGAGCAUAUUACCAGUAAUCAAUUCUUAGAGUACAAAACACAAAACAGUGGUAGCUACUUGUUCAGACCUAAUGACGAUGGACCAUCUCCGUUAGGUCAACAAUCUCUUUCCUUUGUUUACGUUUCAAAGGGAAAUGUUAUGGAUAAGAUAUUUGUAGACACUAAGCGUGUAAAAAUUUACAUUACCCUGCCUCACAACAUGAAAGAUAGCGUGUUAGAAAAGUUUAUUGAUUACAGAUUUGAGCUGUCUCCUCUUCCAGAAAAUUCAGAAACUGUCGCUAGAUUUGGAGUUGGAACAAAAAAAGUCAAAGGAAAUUUAAUUGUGUAUGAUGGCUUUAAUUUUGUGAAGAGAGUUAUUCAUCCUGCUGCACCUCAUCCUGGCCAUUUCUAUCCUUCAACUUCUGGCGCUGUAUUGAAGAUGGCUGAUUCACAACAAGUAUCCAUCCUCACAGACCAUACCAUGGGUGUUACUGCUCAAGACAAUGAAGUUGAAUUUCUUGUUCACAGAAGACUCAUGAAGGAUGACAUGAGAGGAAUGUCUGAAGCUAACAAUGAUCAAUCACCUCUCAAGUUCAGACUCUCUGUAUCUUAUUUAAUUGGUACAAGCAAUGAUGAUUUUGUUUCCAUGCAUAAGAAGAGUCUACUGGUAAAUCGACAACCACAGAGCUAUAUGGUUGAUGGUGAAGUUCUUGGCUCAUUCAACAUUUUCAACAAAAAUUUCCCUACCAAUGCUGAAAUAUUAUCCUUACAAACCAGAGGAAUUUCAUCAGAUGAAGUGUCUAUUCGAUUUAUCAAUCUUCAUCCAUCUAAGAAAGUUGAAAUUAAUUUUUCCAAUCUCUUCUCUGAAGGAAUUGAAGUUUCAGAUAUCCGAGAACGAUCGUUGAACCUAAUUUAUGACGUUCAAGAGGAACGAAAAAAGUUAAGAUUCAAACAAGAUAGUGUCAUGAGAUUUGAUUUUACUAAGGAAGUGACAUUAUCAGGAGAAGGAGGACAGAACACUGAUCAAGAAGGAGUCUUUUUAUCGGAUGAAGCAAUCGCUGAAAUGAACAAAAAUCCAGCACAGAGAAAAACACUUGCACUUACCUCUGUGGAUCCUGUAUUCCGUGUGAUCGUACCAGGAUCGAGUAUCAAGUCCUAUUUCGUUGCCAUGACCUUUAGUGGAAAAGGUUUUGUACCAAUCUCUCAAAAAGAAGCUGAAAACGAGGAUUCUGAAGGAAAAGAAAUUAAUGAACUAGGUUUGGAAGAAGAAGAAGAGGACGAAGUCAACUCAAAGAAAGAAGACGGAGACGAAAAAGAAUCAUCAAAGAAAGAAGACGACUUGCGUUCAGAGGAUAAAUCCAACAUUGACAUUGUCCAGGAAAAUGAAGUAGAAAACAAGCAAGGACCCAACGACAAUGGUGUUGCAACACCGAAAAGCGCUGCACCAUUUUGGAUUUUCCCAAUAUUUGCUCUUGUCCUUUCAUUCUUUGGUUGUGUUUGUCUUUCACUCAUCCUAAGACUCUCGAGACGAAAGAAACAGCCAUCUACCAUUUUACCCAUGUUCCAAACGGAUGCGAAUCCUGGUGUGAAAAAUGUGUAA